UUGAGUGAAUGACAAACGUUCCUGUGUCCGCCGUUUGAUAACUGAGCCCACCAUGGAGGGGGAGGAGGUGAUGGCGCCUCCAGCGGAUCCUUCUCCACCCACCGAGAAUGUGAAGUCCAAAAGGAGGAAUGGACCGAAACGGAAAUCUUCCGUCACUAGCCUGCUCGGUCAGAGCACUCCAGAGAAGGGCAUCUCCAGGAGACAUUCUCUCAGAAGAGGGAGCUCCUUCACCUUUCUGACUCCAAGCACACCAUGGGAUUUUACACUGAAGAGGAAACGAAAAGAAAAGGACGAUGACACUUUCAGCCUUUGCAGCUUUGAUCUAAAGGAGCCGAGCAACAAGAGAGUCCGGCCGUUAGCACGAGUAACAUCACUUGCAAAUUUGAUAUCUCCUGUGCGAAAUGGCGCAGUCCGUCGCUUUGGCCAAACCAUACAGUCAUUCACAAUGCGAGCUGAAAACAAGUCUCCAGGCAGUACGCACAAGUCUUGUAGCAAAAUGGCUGCACCAACCCCUCCAAAACGAAGAAACAGUGUCCUGUGGUCAGAGAUGUUGGAUGUCAACAUGAAGGAAUCAUUAAGCACCAAAGAAAUCAAACGGCAAGAGGCAAUAUUUGAAAUGACCAGAGGAGAACAAGACCUCAUUGAUGACCUGAAGUUGGCAAGAAAGGCCUACCAUGACCCAAUGCUUAAGCUAUCCAUUAUGUCUGGGGAGGAGCUGGCACACAUAUUUGGAGAUCUGGAUGCCUACAUUCCCCUGCAUGAAGAACUUUUAACUAAACUUGGAGAAGCAACAAGACCGGAUGGAACAGUUGGACAAAUUGGUCACAUUCUUGUUAAUUGGCUGCCGCGACUCAAUGCAUAUAAAGGUUAUUGCAGUAACCAGUUGGCAGCAAAAGCUCUUCUGGAUAAGAAGAAGUUGGAUCGCAGGGUUCAGGAUUUUCUACAGAGGUGUCUUGAAUCCCCAUUCAGCCGCAAGUUGGACCUGUGGAGUUUCCUUGAUAUUCCAAGAAGCCGUCUAGUCAAAUAUCCACUGCUUCUCAAAGAAAUUUUGCGGCACACUCCUAAAGACCAUCCAGACGUGAAGAGUUUGGAGGAAGCGGUGAUCUUAAUCCAAGGUGUCCUGUCAGACAUCAACUUGAAAAAGGGCGAGUCUGAAUGCCAGUAUUACAUCGAUAAGCUGGAGUACCUCGACGAUAAGCAGAAAGACCCGCGGAUAGAAUCGAGCAAGUCGCUACUGUGUCACGGAGAGUUAAAGAAUAAAAAUGGCCAUAAACUGUACCUGUUCCUGUUUCAAGACAUUCUGGUUUUAACACGCCCAGUUACACGGAACGAACGUCACUAUUACCAGGUUUACAGACAGCCGAUCCCUGUCCAAGACCUGGUGUUGGAGGAUCUUCAGGAUGGUGACGUCAGAAUGGGAGGCUCCUUCAGAGGGGCAUUCAGCAAUUCCGAUAAAGCUAAAAACAUCUUCAGAGUUCGGUUCCAAGAAGCCUGCCUUGGCCAAAGUCACACACUCCAAGCCAAUGACAUCUUUCACAAACAGCAGUGGCUGAACUGUAUAAGAACAGCGGUUGCUCCGUAUCAGCAUGCAUCACCAACUGAAUCCAAAGAGCUGCCUGACCUCAGUGAGGAAUGUGAAGAAAAUCAGCCCCCGGUGCCAAACCCCAAAGUACAGAGGCGAUCGUCCACCAUUUCUGGAGUGGUAGAAAUGGACUUUGAAGCAAAUGCUGACUGUUCUAUUAUUGCAGACUCCCCAGAGGAGCCUAAAGCUGGGAAAAACCAAAAGAGCAGCAGUCGGAAAACACGAGACAAGACGCAACAAAGCAUAAAGCGGAAGGAGACGUUGGUUUAAGUUGCAGAUUUGCCUUUUGGCUGGACUUGUGUGUGUAUAGAUAUGUACAUUUUUUAUUUUUUAUCUUUUCAAUGUGAGUAUACUGGGAUUACGUCAUGGAUCCUACUGUAUUUGUUACCCUUCCCUUUCAGCGGCAGCUACUGGUAUGCAGUUAACACUGUUAAAGUAGAGUCUUCUUCCUCCAAGUAAUUAAAAAAAUAUAUUAUUUAUUGUUAACAUCCCGUCAAUCACUGUUUUGAAAUGAUUCCUAUUUUAAGAGUAGGGCAUUACAAAUCUGUUGGAUAAUAGAGCGUCUGUAAUGUUGUGGGAAUCCAAGCGUAACAUGAGAUCCAGUAACUACAGCCAUAUUUGGUGUUGUGUUCACCUUGGACUCCUCCAGCAGUAAGGUCAUGAAAUACACUUAGACUGUAAUCUGAGCCAGUAAUUUGUUCUUUUUCAGAAUGUCAGAAAUACCUACAGGAUUGUUAUUUUUACUUCUGAAGUUUGGAUGAGCAAAUCCUGAAGACUCUGUUUUAGCAGGUUUUCUAUGUUACCUACUGGAAUUUCCCCCCCAUUUGUUUACUGUACAUUCCUUCCUUUAUGUGUUUUUUGUGGUAUUUAAUUUUUUAUGUAGUGUAGAGGGUUUUUCUUAAGCUGAUUUUAUUGUAGUUUUGAAGAUUUUUUUUUUUUUAAAGCCCACCCGUUGACUUCCUACGGACGCAGCUUUUUCUCAUCGAACACGGCGGUUGACUUUAACAAUACUGUCAAGUUUCUGGGUUGUUUUUUUUAAAAAAAAAAUCACCUUUUAAAAGGAUGUUUUGGAAGUAGAUGUUUUGUAAGAAAAGUAGAAACUAGUGAAGGGUUUAGGAGAUGUAGUCUCUGCAGACUAAUGAAUACUGUGUUUUGGCGAAAGACUUUCGACUUGAUGGGCCAUGCAUAUGGCAAGUGGUUGAGUUAGAUGGGACUUGUAUGUCGUAGAAGGUCAGGAGGUAUGUUGUGAAGAGAAGCAGAUAUUGACUAAUAUAGUUGAUUAUGAAAUGGUAGAGGUUUUACCGUAUCUAAUUGUAGGUCGUAUUGGAAGAAACUAAUUCCAUAUGUUGUGAAAUUGAGACAGUUACAAUAAAAGUUAUUUUUACAUUA